GUUAGUGAAGGUGGGAAUCAGUCGUUAUGACACAUCAUACAUAUACAGAAUCUACAUGCACAGAACAUAUGAUGAACUCCAACUACUGAGCUGAAUUCAGACGUUGAGUUUGUAGAACACAGGAGUAAAAAUGAGAGUGUUGUUAUUUUAUAUCCACUUCAGUGUGCUUGUGUUUCCUGUCUCAGUCAGUCUGGGAAGCUCUGCUGCUGCACACAGGUGUUUCUGCAAAGUCACCGGUAGUCUGGACGACUGCACCUGCGAUGUGGAAACAAUCGAUGGCUUCAACAACAAGAAGCUCUUCCCUCAACUCCAGAAACUCCUUUCAUCUGACUAUUUCAGGUUCUAUAAGGUGAAUCUAAAUAACCCGUGUCCGUUCUGGACGGAUAGCGGACACUGUGGUCUCAGAGACUGUGCUGUUAAACCAUGCAAACCUAACGAAGUACCCGAGGGGCUGAAAUCCAGCAGCUUCAAGUAUUCAUUAGAGGCCAACCAGCAGACAAAGGAGUGUGAAAUGGCAGAGAAGCUCGGCGCUGUUAAUAGCUCUCUAAGUGAUGAAACCCGGCAGGCUCUGCUCGACUGGAACCGGCACGAUGACGAGGCCGACCGUUUUUGCAUGCACGAUGACGAAGACUCUCCAGAUUCCCAGUAUGUCGAUCUCCUCCUGAACCCCGAGCGCUAUACUGGAUAUAAGGGUCCUGAGGCCUGGCAGAUAUGGAACAGUAUAUAUGAAGAGAACUGUUUCAAGCCGUAUACAGUCAAACGACCACUGAACCCUCUUGUGUCAAGCAGUGGAGACAGUGAAGGAAGGGGAUUCUACAAGUGGCUAGAAGGUCUAUGUGUGGAGAAAAGAGCUUUUUUCAGGCUCGUCUCAGGACUGCAUGCGAGUAUAAACGUGCACCUGAGUGCCAGGUACCUGCUGGAUGAUAACUGGUUUGCAAGGAAAUGGGGUCCGAACGUCACCGAGUUCCAGCUGAGAUUUGAUGAAGAACUGACCAAAGGAGAAGGACCCAAGCGUCUCAGGAACCUCUACUUCCUGUAUCUGAUUGAGCUCCGUGCCUUGGCCAAAGUCCUGCCUUUCUUUGAGCGUCCGUCUGUCCAUCUGUACACAGGAGAGGCAGAACAAGACAAGCAGAUUAAGGAGCUGCUCUUAGAGCUCCUCCAUAUGGCCAAGUCUUUCCCAUUGCAUUUUGACGAGACCACACUGUUUGCAGGUGAUAAGUCUGAAGCAGCAAAACUAAAAGAUGACUUCAGGCGGACUUUUAAGAACAUCUCCAGGAUCAUGGACUGCGUAGGAUGCUUCAAGUGCAGACUGUGGGGCAAACUGCAGACCCAGGGUUUAGGUACAGCUCUAAAGAUCCUGUUCUCGGAGAAGCAAAUUGAAACACUUCCUCAGUCCAGCAGCGACAAACCGUCCUUCCAACUGAGUCGACAGGAGAUCGUUUCCCUCUUCAAUGCUUUCGGGAGAGUCUCAACAAGUAUUAGAGAACUGGAAAACUUUCGGAAACUAUUAUCCGAGCAAUGAGGCGAUCGCGGACUAUUUUUAUUCCUUCCGCAUGGAUGAACAACCUGCGUUCUAUCAACCAAGACAUGUUCGACAUUGCCAAGUUUGCUUCUUUUUGUUUUCCACAGCUACCAGUUUAAACAUUUCAGACACAGUAUCACAUUAUUGUCUACAAAACUGUACAAAAAGAUGUCACAGAUCUACAAUAAUAAUAAUAAGAAUAAUAAUAAUAAUAAUAAUAAUAAUAAUAAUAUUAAAUACUACCACUAAGACAUUUUAUAGCUUAAUCUCACCUUUUUUUCAGGAUAUAGUUUCCUGUCUCUUUGUGAUAAUUAUGUCGUUUUAGUGUGUGUGAGGCUUUAGGCAAGCAAACUGGUAGCUAGCAGCUCAGGUGUUUAGCUGUAUUAACCACUGAAAGAAAACUUCUACCGAAAAACAUGUCUUGGUUGAUUGGUUACGAUUUCGACAAAUUGUUCAUUUAGGUUAUUUAGGAAGUUGCAAUUGGAAAAUAAAGUUUCAGUGCUGGUGAGAUGUCAUUGGAAACAUGCACGUCUAUGUGAGACCUGGCCCAUACAGAUGCACUUUAAUGUCAGAGGAUUAAAUUUAGCAGUUAGUACAAUUUGCACUAUGGCAUAUCUGUGGAAUUGACUUCACGAAGACGUUUGGAGGGAAAAAUAAUAAUUAGGACUACUCCUAGAUAGGAUUUUUCUUUUUCUCAGGGAUUUUGAAACCAAUCCGAGAAGGUCGAGAUCUUUUUUUUUUCUAUUGCGUUUUCACACACACACACUUUUUUUUGUAUCUUGUAUCACAGUACUCAGUCACGUCCAUAAUUCACAUUAAGUAUCAUGAUAUUUAGUUAGAAUCAGUACAGAUAUCAUCAUUACAAAAAAAAAGCAUACAGCAUUAUAAAAGGAAGGAAAGAGUAAAUACGUUUAUUUACCUGUACGUGAUUGGAGACAAUAUGAGAAAACUGUUGUGAACUGUGAAGAUUUGUUUUUUUGUGUUUUUUUUUAAUAGUAAUCUACUGUAUUGUCACAUCACCUGAAGUUCAUUUGUUGUACAAAUUUCCCAUUUUUUUUUUCCUAGCACAACUUGACAACAGCCCUGUAAAUGUGUUCAUUCUUUAAUA